CAGCACUAACUGGGCUGGCCAGACCCGGCGGCGACAGGUCUGCUCGGCGGCGCGGAUCGGAGCUGCAGAGAUCAGGCUCAUUCAGAGGGCGUCUGCGGGACCAUGGAGGAGGGAUACGCAUAUGAGGAUUAUCAGAACACUGCAGAAUGGCUUCUGUGUCGCACUAAACACCGACCUCAAGUGGCAGUGAUCUGUGGUUCUGGAUUAGGAGGUCUGGCUGAUAAAGUAACUCAGGCCCAAGUCUUUCACUACAGCGAGAUACCCAAUUUUCCCCAAAGUACAGUGCCAGGUCAUGCUGGCCACCUGGUGUUUGGAUUCCUGAAUGGCAGAGCCUGUGUGAUGAUGCACGGCAGGUUCCACGGGUAUGAAGGCUACCCGCUUUGGAAGGUGACAUUCCCUGUGAGGGUUUUCCGGCUUAUGGGUGUGGACACCCUGGUGGUCACCAAUGCAGCUGGAGGACUCAACCCCAAGUUUGAGGUUGGAGAUAUAAUGCUGAUCCGUGAUCACAUCAACCUACCUGGUUUCUGUGGUCAGAACCCCCUCAGAGGGCCGAAUGAUGAAAGGUUCGGAGUUCGUUUCCCUGCCAUGUCUGAUGCCUAUGACCGGACUAUGAGGCAAAAGGCCCUCAGUACCUGGAAACAAAUGGGGGAGCAGCGAGAACUACAGGAGGGCACCUAUGUGAUGUUGGGGGGCCCCAACUUUGAGACGAUAGCAGAGUGUCGCCUGCUGCAGCAGCUGGGGGCAGAUGCUGUUGGCAUGAGCACAGUACCAGAAGUUAUAGUUGCACGGCACUGUGGACUUCGAGUCUUUGGCUUUUCACUCAUCACCAACAAGGUCAUCAUGGAUUAUGAAAGCCUGGAGAAGGCCAAUCAUGAGGAAGUAUUAGAGGCUGGGAAAAAAGCUGCGCAGAAAUUGGAACAGUUUGUCUCCAUUCUUAUGGCCAGCAUUCCACUCCCUAAGAAUGCCAGCUGACCAGCCCUGGAGUCUUCUGGCAUCUCCCAUUUGAGUUCCAAGUAGCUGCUACCUACUUUGGCCCCUUGCUGGGGUCACAUGCUUCUACCCUUGGGUAGUAGCAGAAAGGAGCAGAUAUCUCUAUCUUUCACCAUCCCUACUUUCUCCCACCAGACCCUUCUGGUGCCAGAUCUUCUAUUGCUCAGCUAUAUUCUCAAAGCAGCUUUCACCCCUGUUCUUCCCCAAUAGCUGGAGCUCAUGUCCUACCACGUGUUCAUGGGUAUGCCCAGGAGUUUACUUGGGCCUUCAGACUCUGCACAGUAGCUGCUACUAAUGUUUUCAGAUAAUAUUGUCACAUUCCUGGGGGCUCAGUUCUGCCUCACCUAAAGCGCCAGAGACCAAACAAAGACCAGCCCGAUGCCUCUUAGACUUUAUUUAACACCAUAAUGUUUUGAUAAUAAAGAGAAAGAUGAAAUAA